GUAAAGGCGCUCGCAAAUGAGGCUCAAGUACCAUUUUUCUACAUGGCUGGAUCACAGUUUGUUGAAAUGAUUGGUGGAGUUGGUGCCCAACGUGUUCGUCGUCUUUUUCGUGCGGCUCGCGAAAACGCACCUAGCAUCAUCUUUAUUGAUGAGAUAGACUCAAUUGGCAAAGCACGUCAUAGCCGAGCAAUGUAA